AUGACCUCUGAAGCAAAAGCUGCAUCAACAUGUUCUACACCUCUGAAUGAACAAGAUGUUCAAUUCUUGAGUGAUGGCUGUGAUGAUUUAGUCAAGUCAGGAGAAGGUGUGAUUGAAGGGUUGUUAAAAAAAAACUAGAAAGGAGACUGAAUUGUAUUUGAGUUUUGUGUCUGCAACAUUGCCUAGGCAAUAUAGGCAACAUCUUAGCAGCUACAAUAUAAAAAUAACCAGCGUUCUUGCAAACAAUUGACAGGAAAACCUCUGAUGAAACUGCCAACUUUUGCCUUAUGAUGUUUGCCGGCAUAGUAGUUGAUAUUUUGAUCUCGGACAUUGACAUUACACAUAGGGUUCAAACAAAGAAGCUUGGUUUUAGUGGCGUCCUGCAGCUUUGUGUUAUGUUUGAUUAUGGUUGUACUUGGCUGUCAAAUUGAAGCCAUAUUGUAUCGUUUCAGACCAGUUUAUGCUGGAGCACUGUUGUCUAUUCCAUCACCUAGCUCUCUUGUCUCAAUUAUUAUAUUUGAACUGAAUAAUGCUGGUGUUGUGGGCAUUAUUGUUGAAUCCUGGCUGAAGGUGACUACCCCUGAUGGCACAAGCAAUUUACAGACGUAAUUAGGAAUUUCCAGGUGUUGUUUUUGGAUGGGGUAGAAAACUGACUACAGGCUGUAGUUAUGGUGGUGAUGUGUGAACAAUCAUGUCCUGUGUUGCUGAAUGAAGCAUUAAAAAAUUAUGAAAUUGAAAUACCUGAUUAAGGAAAGUCCUUGUGGCUGACAAUCGCACUGUUAUUUUUGUCUGCCUUAGUAUAAUCCUACUUGGUAUUGUUUAUUUAUCAAUCAAUCAAUCAAUUAUAAUCCUAACUGGUAUUGUUUAUCAAGCAUUCAAUCAGUCAUUCAAUCCAUCCGUCCAUCCAUCAAAUUGACUGUUUAUUUCACACUGAAAAGCACAUUGUAUUCUUAUAAUUGAAUAACAUGUUACUAGCUGGUGCAAUACUAAAAUCCAUAUCAAUCUCUAUCCAAAAAAAGGUGGGAAAUGAUGAUCAAACUAAUACAAGAACCUGCGGUAUAAAAAUUACCUGUAUUAUAUGAUUGUUCCACUUGAGAUCAUCACUCUUCAUAAGCUGAGUAUUUUUGCAUAGAAAGCUCUGUUGAAUACCACCCUGUUAAGUACAGCCUGAGGGAGAGAUGAUGGAAGGUGAUCUUUAAAAACUUUCUGCUAGUUCUUUUACUACACUUGGUUGGACUGAGCUGAAGGCUAUGUUCUUUUAACCAGUUGUUGGUAUUGAAGCAGCACCUUGUAAAUGGCUUCCCUCGUAAGAAGGUGAUGUUUUUGAGAUGGUCAUGUCAUCCACAAACUUCCACAUGAGAAAGUACUCGUCUGGUAGUUUCAAAUCAGUAAUCAACACCUGAAAGUGGUAUGGUUAAGCAACGCCCUUUGAGGGACACUAGUGGGAAAGCUAAGCUAGCUGUCCCUUAAACAUUCAGUGAUCCAGUUGACUGUGUAUAGAUGGUUUGAUCCCUAGGCUGAAAAGUUUGACUGCUAGUAAGAAAACAAACAAACAAACAAUAAACAACAACUUUAUUUAUACUGCAGAAGGGUUCAGUGAGCGGGAGUAUCACACACUGGAAUGAAUGCAUGUGCUGAUAUUUUAAAAGAGUGUAAAACACUAAAAUAAAUGUCAAAAAUAAAAUGGAUAAGCAAGUUACAGUUGGAACAAGUUCAAGAUAAUUGUGGAGAUAAAAUCAUGCAUGUAGCAAGUUAAUACUGCUGUUCAGAACAAAAUACAAAUUAAUUUGCAAAAAAGGGAAAAGAGUUAAUUGAUGUAAUUAGUUUCAGAAGACUCUUCCAUCUUAAGUGGCUGCAUACUGAAAGGUACUCUGGCCAACAGCUGCCGGCCUUUUUGAUCAUUAUUAAAUCCGAUUACCUUUCUGUUUGAUUUUGUGGUGACAUUCAUGGAAGAAAAUUGAUUUUGAUCACUGUCUAAAAAUGCAGAAAACCGAAAAAAGAGACAGAACUAUGAAUCACAAGACCAUUCAUCAGUCCGGAAUAUCCCUAAAUUUAAGGACAGGGCCAACUGGUCACACGACACUUUUCAACCAAUGAGAAGGCGCGCUUGUGUUUAUCAACAAACAAAUUUUCAAAACAACGGACGGAGUCUGACAGAAUUAAAGAUGAGCUUACAGUACUUGUGACCUAGGUUUCACAUUUAAUAUUUCAAAGAAAACAUUUCAUGUAAGAGAAUAAGAGCAUUAAUCAUUGCAAGGAAUCAUUGGGGUGUUCGAACUGAUUCCGGACUGAUUGCAGAGGUCGUGGCUUCACUGGCAUGGCUUGCAAGAUUUUUGAUAGAAGCAAACUGGUCCCGUGUAAAAAUAGCCUUAGAGAGAGUGUAAAAAUUUGUUGAGAUCGCACAAAACAGGAUUGGUACUACCUACAUAUUAACUUCUACAGGACAAGAAUCAAAGAACCAGUCAUCAUAACAAGAAUAGGAAGUAGUUCAAAUUUAUUAAUUUUUCUUGUUUGUUUUUUUGUAUUGUUUCGUGUUGACUUCAUGCAUCUGGUGCUUUCUUUGCUUGCUGUAGUACCUGAAAUAUUUUAUCCCAGAUAAUCAGUGCAUGUUCAAUGAGUAGCGAAAUACAUCAUUUACAAUUGAGAUUUGCGUUCGUUCUUUGAUUGUUUUUUAACGGUGGAUGAACAUUUGGAGAAUCCAACAACAUAAAUCUUUCCAGGUUAGUGAAUUUCAGAAACAAAGCGGUUAGUAUCUACCUUGCGCUUAUGAUCUUCAAUUUCAUGCCCGCAAAUUUGGCAAAGUGAGGCGAGAUGUUGCAGGCCUUGAAAAGAAAAAGGCAAAGGCUCGUACUAAUGUGAAAAAAGUAAUAACACGGUUCUGUGAGAAACCCGGGAGUGGAAAACGUAUGUGUUUUGGACCUGGGAAUUCAAAAAUUGUCUACCAAAAUUCUAGGUUGUCUACCAUCCCCACAUUCAACAUGAUAAAAGUUAAACGAUAUGACAAUCAAGGAAAAAUAUCUAGAACUUCGUAAGAAAUCUGUGAAUCGAAAAAAUAAUAGAUACUUGUUCACCUACCUUGAAAACCGACCAAAAUCUUGCCUAUACAUCGCGUUGUGUAAAAGAUAAAAGAAGAAAUAAGCCACAAAGUGUGCUGAAUAUUUCAUGAGACACUUCCAAUAUGGCUUCCGAUACACUGUCCUCUUAACAAAAAAAUUGUGUAUGCCUCAUGAAAAGUCUUAAAAAAUGCCUGAGAGCCUCAAAACGAUGACUGAUUCUGUCCGACUCCGUCCGUUGUUUUGAAGAUUUUUGAUCACUGGGGCAAUGUUUUGAUUUGUUUGUUGAUAAACACAAGCGCGCCUUCUCAUUGGUCGAAAAGUGUCGUGUGACCAGUUGGCCCUGUCCUUAAAUUUAGGGAUAUUCCAGACUGUUCAUAAGCACAAGGUUUUUACGACAACGCUACCACACAUACAGGGAAUCAGUGAUGUAAUAACAUGUCACGCAUCAUGUCACAUCCUCCCCAAGAUGAAAAAAAGAACAAAGUAAAACUAAAGCACCAAAUCCUAAUAAAUCAUGAAAAAGGAAAAAAAAGGCUAAAUCAUGCAUAGUAGACCUGUACAUUGUUCUGAAACAAGUGUCUUCAUGCGUAUCAUGUGUUUAAGAGCCUACGUUCAAUAGAAACAACCUCUGGUCAUCAAUAACAGAUACCCAAAAAUGCCAGUAGCAGGUUUAAAGUUCAAUGUUCAGUGGCAAGUGUUUAAGUCUCAUACUCCUUGAGAUGGCCUGGUCUUUUCAAAAUUCAUCCUGAAUGGUUUCUGGUCAUUCCAACAAGGUCUUACUUGCUCAGCCGAUUCAAAUCCAUCAAUAAUAAUCCUACUUGGUAUUUUUUGUUCAAUCAAUCAAUCAAUCAAUCAAUCAAUCAAUCAAUCAAUCAAUCAGUCAAUCAUACAAUCAGUUAAUCCAUCCAUCCAUCCAUCAAAUUGACUGUUUAUUUCAUACUGAAAAGCACAUUGCAUUCUUAUGACUGUAUAACAUGUUGUUACUGGCUGUUGCAAUCCUAAAAUCCAUAUCAAUCUCCAUCCAAAAAAAGGUGGGAAAUGAUGAUCAAACUAAUACAAGAACCUGUCGUAUAAAAAUUACAUGUAUUAUUGAAUGAGGGUGAGUUUCUGAUGCAGACUACAUGAUUGUUCCAUUUGAGAUCAUCACUCUUCAUAAGCUGAGUAUUUUUGCAUAGACAUCUCUGUUGAAUACCACCCUAUAAAGUACAGCCUGAGGGAGAGAUGUUUGAAGGUUCCACUAGUUCUUUUACCACACUUGGUUGGACUGAGCUGAAGGCUGUGUUCUUUUAACCAGUUGUUGCUAUUGAAGCAGCAUCUUGUAAAUGGCUUCCCUCAUAAGAAGGUGAUAUUUUUGAGAUGGUCGUGUCAUCCACAAACUUCCACAUGAGAAAUUUCGCGUCUGGUAGUUUCAAAUCAGUAAUCAACACCUGGAAACACUAUGGUUAAGCUACGCCCUUUGAGGGACACUAGUGGGAAAGCUAAGCUAGCUGUCCCUUAAACAUUCAGUGAUCCAGUUGACGAUAUGCAUGUAGAUGGCUUGAUCCCUAGGCUGAAAAGUUUGACUGCUAGUAAGAAAACAAACAAAAGAAACAAAAAACAACAACUUUAUUUAUACUGCAGAAGGGUUCAGUGAGCGGGAGUAUCACACACUGGAAUGAAUGCAUGUGCUGAUAUUUUAAAAGAGUGUGAAACACUAAAAUAAAUGUCAAAAAUAUAAUGUGAUGUUAAAAAAGUUCAAGAAAACUGUGGAGAUACAGCUGUAAGAAUAUACAUUAUACAUGUAGCAAGUUAAUACUUCUAUACAGAAAAAAAUACAAAUUUGCAAGUCUGCAUGUCUGGCCAGAAGGCUUUAGUAGAUUUCCCGACCAGAGGUGACAUGUGUUUAGAUAACUGCUUUACUAAUCGCCCAGGUUUAUUCAACAAGUGCCACUCAUUUCAAUUGUCGAUCAAGACUGAUCACACAGCUGUUAUUCUCCUAGCUGGUACAAAGUUAAAACCCAUCUGCUGUAAAGUCCUGAUAUGGGAUUGUAGAGAGAAUCGUAAAGCCGUACUUUGCACUGCACUUGCGGAAAACUGGGAUAAUGUGCUCGCUGCUCCUUAUGUU